UUCCCUUGACUGGAGUAUUAUUAUUAACCCGCCCCAGCCAACAAUGUAUUCUAAGCCGUUGGCCACGGGCACACGCACGCACAGCGCAUGGGGAAGACAUCGUGGAGCGCAUUGUUCGGCCUCGGCUGCUUCAGCUCCCACCGCGACCACGCCAGCGACGACUCCCGACCGGCCAGGCCGGCCCCGCUGCCUAACGACGACGGCCUUAAGACAGGCAGCGGCGUGACGCCGUCGCCGGACGAUCUGUCCUUGUCGCUUGCGGGGUCCGGCGUGGAGGCGUUCACGGUGGACGAGCUCCGGACGGCGACGCGGGAUUUCUCGACCAGCAACUUCGUCGGCGAGGGCGGGUUCGGGCCGGUUUACAAGGGCUAUGUCGACGAGCAGCUCAAGCCCGGCGUGCGCGCGCAGGCAGUCGCCGUCAAGCUGCUCGACCUCGAGGGCUCGCAAGGACACAAAGAGUGGCUGGUUGAAGUCGUUCUUCUUGGACAACUGAGGCAUGCACACCUGGUCAAGCUGAUCGGCUACUGCUGCGAGGAUGAGCACAGGCUCCUCGUUUACGAGUUCGUGGCGAGAGGCAGCCUAGAGAAGCAUCUCUACAAGAGGUACACGGCAUCGUUGUCAUGGUCAACAAGGCUGAAGAUUGCCAUUGGAGCUGCCAAAGGUUUGGCCUUUCUCCAUGACGCUGCCAAGCCCAUCAUCUAUCGUGACUUCAAGACCUCCAACAUACUACUCGACUCGGAUUACCAAGCGAAGCUUUCUGAUUUUGGCCUAGCGAAGGAUGGGCCCGACGGAGACGAGACACAUGUCUCCACUCGAGUCAUGGGCACACAGGGCUAUGCUGCACCAGAGUAUAUCAUGACUGGUCAUCUAACAACGAAGAGCGAUGUGUAUAGUUUUGGUGUGGUGCUAUUGGAGCUUUUGACGGGGCGAAAGGUGGUGGACAAAAACCGGCCGUCACGGGAACAGAGCCUCAUCGAGUGGGCGCGGCCAUACUUUCUCCAUGACUCGCCCCGUCGGCUAGACCGUGCCAUAGACCGAAACCUGGACGGGCAGUACUCGGCUCUGGCCGCCCAGAAGGCUGCAACCAUGGCAUAUCGAUGCCUGAGCGUCAGCCCAAAGUCUCGGCCUCAGAUGUCCGCCGUCGUUGAGGCCCUUGAGCCGUUGCUUGCCAUGGACGAUGGCGUCGUAGAACCGUUCGUGUACACCGCACCAUCGGAGAACAAAUGACUACAUCUGAUGAUGUUGUGUAAUAGCAUGCAUACUAUUCUUUACAAAAAAAUAAUCAAUAUUUAAAUAAGCUAUUUACGUGUGAACAAAAAACAAUUAUUCUAUUUUGGUUUGCCUCGAGUCAAGCAGAGCGCGAGAUGGGCCAGCCCAGGCGCUCCGAAGG